GUUGAAAGUGCUGGAUUAAGAGUUGAAUUGUGAACCUGUUUGCCGUACAUAUCAUCUCUCGUCACUCUUUCUAUUAUUCUCAGCAGAAGAAGAAAGCACCUGGUAAAAUGGAGAGAAAUAUCAUUAGAGAAGGAGAGGUUGCCUGGACCCAGGAUGGCCAUACUAAAAAAGAUGGGAUGAUGAAAAAAAGAGAACAAUGGGGAAACAAAUUGGAGUUUGUCCUCUCUGUGGCAGGAGGAAUUAUUGGACUUGGAAAUAUUUGGCGAUUCCCUUAUCUUUGUUACAAGAAUGGAGGAGGUGCAUUCUUGGUUCCGUAUAUUAUAUUCCUCUUUACUUGUGGAAUCCCAGUGUUUGUCCUGGAAGUUGUGCUUGGACAGUACACCAGUCAGAGUGGAAUCAUGUCUUGGAGGAUGGUCUGUCCCCUUUUUGAGGGUAUCGGUUAUGGCACACAGAUCAUUCUUUCGUACCUAGCAGUGUAUUACAUUCUCAUUCUGGCCUGGGCUCUCUUCUACCUCUUCAACUGUUUCAGUGCUGAGCUGCCGUGGGGCAGCUGUAGUCAUGAGUGGAACACAGCUGACUGUGUGGAAUUUACAAAGAACUCUUCAGCCAACAACUGGACAAGGACAACAAAUGGAACCUCUCCAGUUAUUGAGUUUUGGGAGAAUCAUGUCCUGAAGUUGUCUGAUGGGAUUGACAAUUUAGGCGCAGUGCAGUGGAAGCUGGCCCUUUGUCUUCUUCUGGCCUGGAUUAUCUGUUUUUUUUGUAUCUGGAAAGGAGUAAAGUCCACCGGCAAGGUUGUUUAUUUCACUGCUACCUUCCCGUAUGUAAUGCUGAUCAUCCUUCUGAUCAGAGGCAUGACCCUACCUGGUGCUGCCGAGGGAAUCAAGUUCUACAUGUAUCCUGACUUGUCCAGGCUAGCCGAUCCUCAGGUGUGGAUGGAUGCUGGUACUCAGAUUUUUUUCUCCUAUGCCGUAUGUCUGGGUGCUCUUACGUCCCUGGGAAGCUACAAUAAGUACCACAAUAACUGCUACAGUGACUGUUUGAUGCUGAGUGCUUUGAACAGCGGAACAAGUGUAGUAUCUGGUAUUGCUGUCUUUUCCGUCCUGGGAUUCAUGUCAUAUGAACAGGGUGUACCCAUCUCUGAUGUGGCAGAGUCUGGUCCUGGUCUUAUCUUUAUCGCAUACCCCAAAGCAAUUACCAUGAUGCCUUUCUCCCAACUCUGGGCCUUUUUAUUCUUCCUGAUGAUCAUCUUCCUGGGUCUGGAUAGUCAGUUUAUAGGUGUUGAGUGCCUGGCAACAACGAUUAUGGACUUAUUUCCAACAAAAUUCCGAGGAACAAAUCAUCGAGCGCUUUUUAUCCUGGCGAUCUCAAUGGUCUCAUUUUCCCUUGGACUGUUGUUGGUGACAGAGGGUGGGAUGUAUAUCUUACAGCUGAUCGAUUACUAUGCAGUCAGUGGAACAUGUCUGCUAUUCCUGUCAACCUUUGAAGUUUUAUGCAUUGGCUGGGUGUAUGGUGCUGAUCGAUUCUAUGACAAUAUUGAAGAUAUGAUUGGGUACAGACCCUGGCCCUUCAUGAAGUGGUGUUGGUGUUUCAUCACUCCUGGAGUUUGUCUUAGUACUUUCAUUUUCUCAUUGAUUGAAUACAAACCUCUCAAAUACAAUAAAACCUACAUGUAUCCGAUGUGGGCUUAUGUCCUCGGUUGGUUACUUGCACUCUCCUCCAUGCUGUGCUUCCCAUUGUGCGUGCUCUUCAAGUUCUACACAACCAAAGGGUCCUUCAAGCAGCGUAUAUUUCAGCUAACCCAGCCAUCUGAUGACUUGAAGCAGUUUGGGAAAUGCAAGAAAGAAUCACUGCUAUGUUCCACUUCAGACACUAGUUUCAGAUGUCCUGCACCAGGCACCAAGAGUUCCUACAUUGUGCCCACAGACAAGGAAACAGAAACAGUUGUGUGAUAGUUGAGAAAAGGAAAAAGAACCCUUUGCAACUGAAUGCCGGAUAAACUGGUGUCCAUAAUUUCAUGAGCUUUGCUUGCAGAUGUUCAUAUCGUCCAAAACUGGGCCUCAACCAAUCUCUUAUGAUGAAGUGACAAAAUGCUUUCUAUUUUCUUGUUAAUUUUCCCCCCAAAAUUGUGGUGGGCAAGUAUUAAAACAAAAAUUUAAGUAUA